AUGAGACAGUCUACUUUUGGAUCAGUUGCGGAACAUGCGGUUCCUCCCUCCGAUCUAGUUGCCCUUUUCCAGGCAAUGGGUCUUCCAAAAGCCAAGGCAGAAGAGGCUGUCAAGGCGCCAAAAAGUGCCAACAUUUUGGCGGCCAUUAUCGAGAACAACGAUGAAGUUGCCUCGGGUCUUGACGAGAAGAAGGCGACUCUGAUGUCAGCGUUAUCGAUUGCUUUAUCCAAGACGAGUGAAUCGGUCGACCAGAACCACCUAAUCGCGGCCAUCCUCGACUCGAGGUUGGCUUCUGUCGACCAGCUCUCGGCUGCCGUCAAAUAUCUCGAGUCGCACAGAUCACCAAUCGAUGAAGAGGAUUUCAAUAAGGAAUGCGGCGUUGGUUUCAAGAUAACACCUGAAGAAAUUAUCGCGCUUGUCGAAUCCUAUGUCAUGUCUAACAACAUCACAGGAUGGACUACCCUCGGACCUACGAUUAGUGCUCUGAAAGGCACGGUGGAGCUACGUUGGGCGAGUCCUUUAGAAGUGAAAACUGCUACCGAUAAGGUCUUUCUCGCAAAAUUCGGUCCCAAAGAAGCUGCGAAACCCAAAGGAAAGCCAGCGAAGGCACCUGCACUGUCAAAGGACAAACAAGAGGAAGCGCCUCCGGCUGGUCAAAGAAAGUCUGUCUUCGAGGAAGGGUUUCUGGGCCAACUACACAAACCUGGAGGAAACUCUCAAAUUCAUCCUCACCUCAGGGAAGCUCACCUGGCUGCCACAGGAGGGCAGGUUUGGACACGAUUCCCACCUGAACCAAAUGGCUAUCUUCACAUCGGCCAUUCGAAAGCGAUUUUCGUCAACUUUGGUUACGCUGCCCACCACGGGGGAAAGUGUUACCUGAGAUACGAUGACACCAAUCCGGAAAAGGAAGAAGCAAGAUAUUUCGAAAGCAUCCUGGAGAUGGUUCGUUGGCUUGGCUUCGAGCCAUGGAAAAUUACAUAUUCGAGCGACUACUUCACGGAGCUGUAUGAACUAGCGGUCGAAUUGAUCAAGCGGGACAAGGCUUAUGUCUGUCAUUGCAGUCAGGAGGACAUCAAAGUUGACCGCGGAGAGAAAAGAGGUCAACCGAGGCCAUGCAUUCACCGAAAUCGCCCAAUCGAAGAGUCGCUGGUUGAAUUCGAGAAGAUGAAGAACGGUGCUUAUAAGCCCAAGGAGGCUAACCUUCGGAUGAAACAAGACCUUCAGGAUGGAAACCCUCAAAUGUGGGAUUUGACUGCUUAUCGCGUCUUGGAAACCCCGCAUCAUAGGACGCAUGACAAAUGGAAAAUAUACCCCACGUAUGACUUCACUCAUUGUUUAGUGGACAGCUUGGAGAACAUCUCGCAUUCGUUAUGCACGACCGAAUUCAUUGCAUCACGCCAGUCGUAUGACUGGUUAUGCGAUGCUCUGGAAGUCUAUAAACCCAGGCAAUCGGAGUACGGACGCCUAAGUCUGGAAGGCAGCAUCAUGUCCAAGCGUAAGAUUCUUGCUCUGGUCGACGAAGGUUUCGUGAAUGGAUGGGAUGACCCCCGUCUAUACACCCUUAUUGCUUUGCGGCGCCGAGGAGUACCCCCUGGUGCCAUCAUCUCCUUCGUCAGCACGCUCGGGGCAAUUCCUCGAAGGGUCGGCACCUCGAUUACUCAUGGUGAUGAGGCCAUUGAAGGUCACCCUCAAGACUAUUUUCUGAUGGUCGAGAAGCCCCUUCACCCCAAGGUCCCGGAAUUAGGAUCAUCCACGAUUCCUUUCACAAGAACACUCUACAUCGAAGCCGAGGACUUCAGGACAGAGGAUUCGAAGGACUAUUUCCGGCUUGCACCUGGGAAGACAGUCGGCCUAUUCCAGGCGCCUUAUCCCAUUACAUGUACCUCGUUCAGGACGGAUACAGCAACCGGCGAAGUGGUGGAACUCCUCUGCAAGUUGGAGAAUGAAGGACCUCCGAAGAAGCCCAAAGCAUUCAUUCAGUGGGUGGCAGAGCAUGCACCGUCCGGUAGCCCAGUCAAAGUCGACGAAACGCGCAUCUUCAACCGUUUAUUCAAGAGCGAUCGUGUUCCUAGCGACUUCAGGUCAGAUAUCGCGCCUAAUAGUCUGGAGGUCAUCAAUACCGCCGUUGUAGAAGUUGGUUUCUGGUCGUUAGCGAAGAAGUCAAUGACGGAUGCAAGGAAAGUGGCCAAAGCUAGAACGGAGAAGGCAGCCAAGGAGAGCGCACCAAGUGAGCAUCACGAGGAGGGCGAUGACACUCCUGAGGCCACGAGCGACCAACUUGUGGGUAAUGAAUGUGUUCGCUUCCAAGGGUUGCGUGUCGCGUACUUUGCUCUUGACAAGGAUUCUCGUAUCGCUGCUUUGGAAGAGGGUAGCCAGGCAGCAGGCCGAGAGCAAGGCGAUUAUAUUGUUCUGAACCGGAUUGUCAGCCUGAAGGAAGAUUCUGGCAAAUCAUAG